AUGACAUUGAUAUUGCUAUUCUGCAUAUUAUUUACUGCGUCUAAAGCCUCACAGAAUAUCACUAUCAAAGAAAAUGCCACAGAUAUCCUACCUUCACUAGAAGCGGUACAAAAACCAUUUGAAGACAAGAACAAUACCAUUCUAAGUAAUACAUCAACUACCAAUGAUUAUACAAACAAUACCUCAGAUUAUGAAGAAUCAGACUCUGGAGUUAUAGAUAACGAGCCACUUCCAGACCAAAAAAAUAUACUCCGAUGGCUUCCAAAAAAAAAGCGGGACCCAAAAUUUAGUAAGGCUCGGGAUGAUGAAAAACGGGCUCGAGAAAGAUUGGAACGCGCUAAGCAGAGAGCGAAAGACCUCCAUGCAGAACGCAUUGCUUACGUCACUUCCGUCAUGAAAGAUAAUUACUGGACAACUCUAUACCUCUAUGGGGAAUUAAGGAGGAUCCUAACAACGGGGGAAAUUGUCGAUGACAUAAGAGCUCUCAUACAAACGUUGGAAUCUUCACAUCGUAAUAAAGAGUUGAAGGAAAAAGUCCUGAAAUGUUACAGAGAUGGGAAGAAAACUUUAGGUCCUGUGCCUUUGUACUAUCUGUUUUAUUUUUCUUCUUCUCUGUAUUAUGUGUGUGUACAUAAACUAUUAAAUAAAAAUAACAAGAUCGAGGCAAUAAGCAAUGACAACGCCAUUGAAGGCCUUACAUUGCUACUGAUUGGAGAGGCAUAUAUCUGGUGGUUAGGCGUGAAAGACACAAUAACGAGCUGGCAGAAAGCCGUGUCCUCGAUAAGCUCAACGUUUGCACCGAAGAGACCAGCUUAUCUGUUAUAUGACGAAAUUGUCUGCGAUAAGCAACAGAGUCCUGUGGGUACGGAAUUAUUCGUUGCCAAGAAACGUGCACUUAUGGCUGAGUUGCCCAAACCUUCGCUCACUCCAUCCCAAGGCAUCUCUUGUAUACUUCUUUGCAUACAAGUAUUAGAGACAGAAUACCAAGAGAUUCCAUUGCGAUGUUUGAAGAAUUUUUGUCGAAGGUUCAACUCAAAGAGACUGUCGCUGCACGAUCAAUGUCGAGCAAUAUUUCUGCAUCGUCAGCGGGGAGACGACCCAAAUGUACCUUCUGGCGUGCUUAUGGCCACAACGAACAGGAGUGUCGUAGGAAAACCGCAAGGCAAGGCAAAGAUAAGACUGCAUCAAAAAAUGCUACGGCUCCAGCUGCCUCUAAGCCGACGCCUGGCCACAAAAUCACCUGCUACAGUUGUGGCGAAUCCAGGCAAUGCACUGCGGGCCAAUCACUGCUUUAGCCCGCCCCCGCGCCUCACUUCAUACCCAAUAAAUUACUUUUGCGCAGGUGAAGGUCAGAGAUCAAGAUUCGUGCCCAUAACUAUACCUGUAUCAUUAUGUGGUCGGGAGAUCCCCACAAACUUUAUAGUGUUGCCUGAAUCACACGAUAAUCGAACACUCCUAGGAGUAGAUUUUAUUCAAGAUUCGGGAAUCGUACUCAACUUGCCGCAGCUAUUAUUCCAUUUCUUGUAUGUAUGUGUAAAGACUAGUUAAUAAACAUUUGUUAUUAUUUUGG